AUGACCCGUCAGUUUGGACACAGCCCAGGCAAAAGCCGCUUGCUUGGAUGGGAUCAUAUCGCAUCGCAUGCUCUCCUUUCAUUGUUCCUCUCCCCCCUCCAAAUCAUCUCUCACUGCCCUUCCUCCAUCAUCCCUCGCUACCCUCGCUCCACUCCCCAGGUGAGAAGGGGUUGCAGUGGGGGAGUGGCAGGGGAGGGAGUGGUGGGUUCAAGGGGAGGCGGUGAGGGGGGCGGUGGAGGAUGGCAGAUGGGCGCUCUACUGCCACCUGCUGGCCCACCUCCGGUUCACCCCGCACAACGGCGCGGCGCUGACAGUCCCCCUCCCCCCCUGCCCCCCUUCCCCCCUGCCCCUCUUCCCCCCUGCCCCUCUUCCUCCCUGUCCUCUUUCCCCCCUGCCCCCCUCCCCUUCCCUACUGUCCCCACUUCCCCCUACUCUCCCCCCCUUCAGUUCCGCAUGUGGUGGUGGAGAGCGCAGAGUCAUACGGCCCGGGUGGGGGUGGAGAUGGCGGAGGCGGUGCUGCUGGCCGUGAUGGAGGCGGCCAGCAGAGAGGACAGCCGCCACUGGAUGGGGCUGACCGCUUCCUCCUCUGGGGGCUGCGCCGCCGCUCGCCAACCCCUGCCCUCUCCAUCCUCCCCACCACCCACCAUCCCGACCGUCCGCCCCACCCCUGCUGCUGCCGCAUGGCCAUUCCCGGAUCCCACACUGCCAGACUCAUCGCAGCAGCUUGCAUCUCAGCUGUCCCCCGUGGCAUUCCCCAACAACUUCACCAGUGUGGGCAGCGCCACCACAGCAGGCGCACCUCUGGCCUGGCUGCAGGGGCUGCUGAGAGGAGGCUCGGGAAGCAGCACUGGUGGUGUGGACAGGGGUGGUUCAGGAACGGCCGAGCAGCAUGUGUCUCAGCUGCCCCCCGUGUCGUUCCCCAACGACUUCACCAGUGCGAACAGCACCUCAGCAGGCGCGUCUCUGGCGUGGCUGCAGGGGCUGCUGAGACGAGGCAGCGCGAGCAGUGCGGUGGUUCAGACAUGGGUGCGGUGGUUCAGACAUGGGUGCGGUGGUUCAGACAUGGGUGCGGUGGUUCAGACAUGGGUGCGGUGGUUCAGACAUGGGUGCGGUGGUUCAGACAUGGGUGUGGUGGUUCAGACAUGGGUGCGGUGGUUCAGACAUGGGUGCGGUGGUUCAGACAUGGGUGCUGUGGUUCAGGUGGUGAGAGGGAAGGGGGGUGAGGAGGCGGGCAUGGGUGCAGCGAUUGGCACGCAGCAGUGGUGGCAAGGGGAAGAGGAGGCAGGGGAGGGCAGGGGUGGCCCGGUGGGUCUGGUGCGGCACAGUGUGGUGGGUGGCAGACGAGGGGAGCUGCGGCAGCUGAGAGGAUGGCAUGGGAGGUGGGCAGGCAUGGGGUGGUGGGCAGGCAUGGGAGGUGGGCAGGCAUGGGGUGGUGGGCAGGCAUGGGAGGUGGGCAGGCAUGGGGUGGUGGGCAGGCAUGGGAGGUGGGCAGGCAUGGAAGUCGCUUCCUCACGUCGAACACUCUCAGCUCGUUGCCCCCUUCCAUUCGUCGCCAUCCCUUCCCCUCGUCGCCCUCCCUUCCCCUCGUCGCCCUCCCUUCCCCUCGUCGCCCUCCCUUUCCCUCGUCGCCCUCCCCUACCGAUUGUCGCCCUCCCUUCCCCUCGUCGCCAUCGCUUCAACUCGUUCGCACCCACAUACCACACGCAGCAGCCCGAACAGACCUCCCUCCGUUCCCCCACUUACCUCGUCCUUCCCCCACAUAUCACCACCCUCCUCCCCCACAUAUCACAUGCAUUUCCCCCCACCCUUCCCCGUUCUUUUCCCCACAUACUACCAACCUUCCCCUGCCCCGCCGUCGCGUCCCCUGGCAUCGCUAGCCUUGCUCGUCAACCCCCCCUCUCUCUUCCUCUCAUCGCCCUCGCUUUUCCGCGCCUCUCGUUUUUCCGUCUCCCCGUCUCUCUCGCUUUCUUCGUCGCCCUGCUAUCCGCUCCUCGUCGCCUUCGCCUUCCCAGCCGUGUCCCGUCCCCCCUCGCACACUUGUCACCCUCCCUUUUCUCCCCCUAUUUACUCCCUUCCCUCGCCCCAACAAUCGCCCGGCGCCUCCCCCCCACUUAUACCGCUCCCUCUCACUGGUUACCUCUCUCCCUCUUCCCCCCAUCCUCUGCCCUGCUCCCCACAAUCCCCUGCCCUGCUUCCCCCCAUCUGAGCUGCUUCCCCCCAUCCUCUGAGCUGCUUCCCCCCAUCCGCUGCUUCCCCCCAUCCUCUGAGCUGCUUCCCCCCAUCCUCUGA